GGCAGCACGCCGCUGGGCUGCUACAGGAAGCUGGUGGAGUACUGCCGGAACGGGGACCUCUCCUUCGAGUACGUGAAAACCUUCAACAUGGACGAGUACGUGGGUCUCCCAAGGGAUCACCCAGAAAGUUACCAUUCCUUCAUGUGGAAUAACUUCUUUAAGCACAUUGACAUCUCGGCAGAAAACGUUCACAUUUUGGAUGGAAAUGCACCUGAUCUACAGGCAGAGUGUGACGCAUUUGAGGAUAAAAUCAAAGCGGCUGGAGGAAUUGAACUCUUUGUUGGAGGUAUUGGCCCAGACGGUCACAUUGCCUUCAAUGAGCCUGGAUCAAGUUUGGUAUCCAGGACACGAGUGAAGACCUUGGCUAUGGAUACUAUAUUGGCUAACGCCAGGUUCUUUGAUGGUGACCUCUCCAAAGUCCCCACAAUGGCUUUGACGGUCGGAGUGGGCACUGUCAUGGAUGCCAGAGAGGUGAUGAUUCUCAUCACAGGAGCCCACAAAGCCUUUGCUUUGUACAAAGCCAUUGAGGAAGGUGUCAACCACAUGUGGACAGUAUCUGCUUUCCAGCAACACCCCAACACCGUGUUUGUGUGCGAUGAGGAUGCCACGCUGGAACUCAAAGUUAAGACAGUGAAAUACUUCAAAGGUUUAAUGCUGGUUCACAACAAGCUUGUGGAACCCUUAUACAGCAUGAAGGAGACGGGAGCAGAAAGAAGCCAGUCUAAGAAGCCAUACAGCGAUUAGUCUCUCGCUGUUCAGAGUAAUGCUGAACCAGCUUUUCUGUUGAAAACCAGCUGUGAAGAAAGGGAAUUGCUGCAGAAACUCAUCUCAUAUGUGUUCUUAAAUUAGCAAAAUGAUUAUGUGCUUGCUUCUCUCCAUUAAAAAGACAGAUGGAACACCUGCCUUAAUUAACCAAAUGAGGAUAGGAUCCAGUAUACUGUGUUCCACAAACUUCCGCCACUAGCUUAUUCUCUGAAGGUAAAGUCAAUGGAGAAUGAGUUGUUUAAUCUGUGAAGCAACUGUAAUCAUGUGGACUGAAGGCCCCAAAACUUAAGUGUGAAGAUAAGUGAAAGUACAAUGUUGCAGAAACCAAAUGGGUAAUCGCUUUGGGAUGUAUUCCUUGCAAUUACGACAAGUACCUUUUUGUGUCGCUCCCCCUCCACAAAACACUCUUACGUUACAGACAUUUAAAAUGGGAACUGAGCUUGUUCAGCCUGGAGAAGGGAAAGCUUCAGCAUGACCUCAUAGCAGUGUGCUUCACAGCUAGGAGGAGGUCAUCGAGAAGAUGAAGCCAGGCUGUCCUGGGCAGUGUGCAGGGGGAAGAUGAGAAGAGACAACAAGACUCGAGUUGAGGCAAGAUGCUCAGACUGGAUGUAAGGAAAAACCAACCCAUGAGGACAGUCAAGCAGUGGGGCAGGUUCCCCGGAGAGGUUGUGCAGCCUCUGUCCUCAAGAGGUUUUCAAGACCUGACUGGAUAAAGCCCUGGCUGAACCCCACUUUGAGCCAGAUGUUGGACUUGAGACCAUCUAGGCAAAAGGGAGGCUACAGACAGCAUUCAUCAGUGCUGUAUUAAUAACGCAGUACCAUUAAUGCAGUUAAUGGUUAGUUUACACAUCUGUAUGAUUUUACUUGUUGUCACAUGAGGAGCCUUACAUGUUCAGUUUCAGGAUGUAAUCUUCUAUGCCCCCGUGCUUUAUGAUGUACUACAGGAUAGAUUUGGUCAGAUUAAGCAUAAAUGCCUUCCCUCUGUGCUGCUCAGCACUCUGUUACUGUGUCAGUGCAGAGCCUGAAGCAGUAAGUUCUCCCUCCCUCCCUCCCCAGCUUUAUAUUGCAUCAAGGAAAUGCCAAGUAAGUCUCAAAGGAAACGCUCUGUUCCCUCUGGCCUCAGCCCGUGUUUCAUUACAGAAGCCCCACAUUGGUGGACAACAGCCUGUACGGGCAAGACCCCACCAAUUCUGAAACUCGAUUCCUGGGUUUCCUAUCAAUCAAGUGAGGGGCAAGACAAACUGGGGAGCAUUUAUUUUCUUUAUGCAGAAAUUUUGUAAGCUGUUGAUCUGUAAUGUAACUUUCUACAGUAGAUGUC